AUGAGUUCGUCGAUCUGUGUUUUCUUGUUUUUGGGACUCAGUUCAACAUUGAGGGCGGAAGAGUCGAGCAGGAAGGAGCGCGAAGCGGGAUACGGUACGUUUUCGAAGCAUUAAUUCUUCUCCGGAUGAACGCUACCAUUUUUAUUUUUUAUACCAUCAUGAAUUUGGCAACUUUUCUUAAAUCUUCCCAUAUUUUUUGAAGGGAACACUGAUGGUCAGUUAAAUGCCUUUAAAGGAGAUGCCCAAAAAACUGGAUCGAGCGCUUUUGGGCCGGAAACUGGAGGAUUUGGAUCACUUUCAAACGGAUUUUGGAGCGCUUAUGGCCAAGAAGGACAGCCAGACAUGCAAAUGUGGCAAGGACCGAUAGGAUCCGCUACUCCUAAUCAACCAAACGUCCAAGAACCAGGAUACGGACAGAGUUACGGAUCCAUCCCAGGCACGGGAGCAGUCGGAACACCAAACUCACCAUAUGCUGGAUACUUGGAAAAGCAAAUCAGCAGCUAUCCGGUCAUGAUCUACACAUUGAAUGAGUGCAUUCCCUGUCAGCGGGCCAAGCAUCUUCUCGCCGUUCAUUACCCUGAUGUCCGAGCGCAUUUCCUGGAGCUCUCCGGAAACGAGGCCUGGCAGCAACAACUCCAAGUCGAUCUACAGUAUCUCACUGGAGCCAUUACAUUCCCAUACAUCUUUGUCUGUGGCCAAUAUAUUGGUGGGGCUUCGGACCUCUUCGAAAUGCAUGAAAACGGCCAGUUGAGAAGAAUGGUGAACCAAUGCAUCAAAACCGCCACGCCCAAACCAUAA